CUUUUUUGUAGCAGUGCGCUCCCUGACUCCUGGACAUGGCAGGUCUCUGUGGUGUCCAGGUCCUGCUGCUCUGGGCUGGAGUCACGUUGGCCAACACCCCACCAGUCUCUCCACCUCCACUGUGUUCUUACACUGUUACACCCAUCAAGUUUGGCCUCCAGAUUGACAUCACAAGCUCUCCCCCUGGUCACUACACCAUAAAGAUUAAUGAAGUGGGGCAACAAGAGACUGGAAAGAAAUUCAACGCUGACUUCGGUCAAACCUCAUCACAUGACAUCACACACCUGAAGCCCUGUACUGAAUAUGAGCAUUAUGUGAUGUUUAAUGAUGGCACUGAUGGACAAACACCCUGUAGCAGCACUGAACAUAAAACAAGGACAUCUAGCAUGAGUCAAAGUGACAUUAAAGACGUCAGCAACACUUCACCAUGCGUCCCUGGAUCUGUUUGUUACUGGAGUGAAUGGGACAUCAGCUCCUCCAUGUCAACAUCAGAUCAUAUUACAGCUCAGUCGUGCACAAGUGACAGUAAAAUAUUCUGCAUCAAACCUGCUUUCAAUGAUAUUUGCUCAGAUUUGACCACAACCUUCACUUCAGGAAACUGUUCUUCCUUCAGACUCACCAGAAACAUCCCUGUUGGUUUCUUAAAUCCAAGUGAUAUAACUUCAACAGUUCAAUCUAAACUUCCUGCAAAGAUAGACACAACAUUACCUUCACAGUGUCGUCUCACCACUGAUUACACCUGUCAGGAAAAUGGACAAAUCAAGGAACUGUCUGAGCUGGAGCCCUUCACAGACUACAGCUGUAUCGGCCACAUUAAGGACAUGAACAACGACACCAUAAUAAACACAACUGAUAUCCCCGUCAGGAUUAACUGUGAUCUUCAAAUAAUCAACAUGAAGACAGGUGCAACCAACACCUCUGUCCAUUUGAGUUGGACCACGACCAGUACCAACUGUCAUGAUGUUCUUCCAAAGUUUCCAAAGCUUUCUUAUGACUGCAGCUGCUCACCUGCUCACAACACGCUUGAGUUGAUUGUUUUCAAAGAUCCACCAGGAGGAACAUGUGAGAUUAAAGGAUUGCAAUCGUACACCAACCACACCUGUACAGUCCAACCCAAAUACAACAACAACCUUGAGGGAACAUCAGCUGAAGUUAGACAGAAAACUGAGACUGGAAUACCAGAUGCUGUUACCAUUGUGUGGAUGCAAAGUCCAGAGAAAAACGUGAUUAAAGCAGACUGUUAUCAUCCAGGACGUUUUAACGGACCUGAGAAGAAAUUCAUUGCUCGUCUUUAUGUUAGUGGUGAAGCUCUGAAGCUGCUUAAAGAAGAAACGCAAGAGAAUUGUUAUUUUGUAUUCAAAGAUCUGAGCAAUUCUACCACCCACAUGGUGAAGGUGACUGCUUUCAAUGGAGAAUAUGAGAGCAGCCCCUUCAUACAGUAUGAUUACACAAGCUACAAGACAAACGGAAUUGUCUUUAUUUUUCGGCUCAGCCUCAUCACCAUUGGCAUCAUCAUCAUGAUCACAUUUGUGGUCAUCUACAACAGAAAGUCCAGAGAUGAUGCGAUUGUAGAUGUGAGGCUUCAAUCAACAGCAGUUUAUGUUGAUGAACGGCAUCCUGGAUUGAGAAAACGGGCCUGAUGGAGCUGCCUGCUGAACCAUCACUUACUCUUUCUGCUUGGUUCAUUAAAUAUUCAGUACGUUGCAGGUCUCACUGCCAUUUUAUGCUUUAAUUACAUUUCUGCUGUUGUUGUAAGUUACUAUCAUGUUUCCCCACUUUUACAGUUCUUCUAUAAAUCACGUUUUGAUGCAGAACAGUAGUGACAUCACAGAUAUAAUAAUGAUAGAAACAAGUAUACAAUUAUAUAAAUAUCAUGUUAAUUAGUCUAAUUUCCAAGUACAUACCAGACAAUAGUAUUGACAAAAAUUAUAUUCAUGUAAAUUUCACUCUAUCUGCUGAUGGAAAUUCAUUUGGAGUCUAGAUGAACCGAGUGCCAAGCAUCUCUUCUCUCUGAGAUGACUGUUUUUGUACAUGAUCUCUGUAUGUGUGUGUUUGUAAGCUUAAAAUGUGGUUAAGCAGUUAUGUGUCAUCAUUGUUAGCAGGUAUUAGCAGGACAAGACUGCAUCAACAGACACAUAGACACUCAGCACACCUUUUUUUGGGGGGGGGGCCUCCCUACUCACAAAUGUAACAACACAGAGAACAAAGUGACCUAACUGCUCCAUGAGUAUAAUCAUGUUAACUGAUUUAAAGGUGCAGUAUGUAGGAACUGACCACCUGUAAUAUUCCCCACAGUAACUGCUAGUGACUGUAUUGUAUAUCCAUCCCUGACUGUAGCAACCAUUAGCUUGUUAGCUCAGCUAGCCAGGCUACCUAAUGUUUGUGUUUAGACAGUUAGCACAGGAGCUUUGGACGGCUGGGAGAGAGAGGUUUUCAGUCCUGGAACUAGCUGCUUAGCAUGCUAACUUCAGCAGAUAUCUCUGUAACACUAUACAUAGGUGGCUCUGAAAUCACAAUGGUUAUUUCCUCACAUGCUAAUACAUUCAGUUUGAUAACAUAUUUUUAAAAAUGUUUUACACAAAAAUUGUUACACAUUGCACCUUUCAGUUUAGCUAUAUAUUUCAGCUUAUCUCAUCUAUAGUUUGCUAUUCAAACGCAAACCACUACCCAUGUAUUCAAGCUACUGUGUAUGUUCAAAAAUGAAUAAAUAAUAAU